UUGUAUUAUUCACAAGUUUUAGUCAGACACCAGUAACCUCACAUUGAAAAUAGCUGCCAAACUUCAUUCUUGGAGGAGUUUACAGCCAGGAGAGAAAAAACUCAGGAGUCUGAUGUCAUGAACAGUGGGAUGAGCUUAUUCUUUCUAUAGCUGAGCAGAAAAACAGAAGUUGAAAUCAUUCAUACAACAGUCAGAGCCUGCCUGUCCACAUGGUGAGAAAUCUCUCUCUUUACCAACAUUAACCUCCUCUAAGGAAUAUUCAGAGUGAAGCAUCUUGCAUGCAAGAAACCUGAUCUUGACUGGGAUUUCAAGCACAGAAAUGAAUUCCAGCACAGCAGAAAAUGUUACGGUAUUUUUCAGUGAGACAACUACCUGGAAGCUUGGAACCAAUCAAUCUUUUUUACACAACACAUCAGAAAACAGCAGUUCUGCCUGCACUUCUUCAGAUGCAUGGGAGUGGCUCUAUAUAUAUCAGCCUAUGUUCCUUUGGCUCAUUUUUGUCCUGGGAGUGAUAGAGAAUGGCUUUGUUCUCAGUGUUUUGUGUUUCCACAAGAGUCGCUGCACAGUGGCUGAAAUUUACCUGGCAAACCUUGCAUUUGCUGACUUGAUGUUAGUUUGCGGUUUACCUUUCUGGGCCAUUAAUAUCGCUAAUAAGUUUCAGUGGCCUUUUGGCAUGUUCCUUUGUAAGGCUGUCAAUGCAAUCAUUUACAUGAACUUCUAUUCUAGUAUUUAUUUUCUGAUGAUGGUGAGCAUCGAUCGCUACCUGGCCCUGGUGAAAACCAUGUCUCUUGGCCGUAUGCGACGAGGUACAUGUGCCAAAUGGAACAGCCUUGUGAUCUGGGUGUCUGCUUUGCUCGUAUGCUCUCCUGUUCUAGUGUUCCGGUCUCUCCAUUAUGUGGCAGAAAUCAGUGGCACAGCCUGCAUUCUUCAUUAUCCAUCCAAACACUGGAUAAUUGCAACACAUGCUUUGCUGAAUACUGUGGGCUUUUUGAUCCCCCUCAGCGUAAUCACCUAUUGUACGAUUCAAAUAAUCAGAGCCUUACAAAACAACAAAAUGCAAAGACUCACAGAAGUCCAGACAGAGAAAAGAGCCACCACUUUGGUCCUUUCUGUCCUUUUGCUGUUUAUCAUUUGCUGGCUGCCUUUCCAGAUCACCACAUUUGUUGACAUACUAUUUCAAGUAGACAUCAUUUCUGGCUGCACUGCUAAAGAAAUCAGUGAUUUGGUGUCUCAGCUAGCUGUAUACUGUGCUUAUAGCAACAGCUGUCUUAACCCAGUAUUGUAUGUCAUUGUUGGCAAGCAUUUCAGAAAGAAAUCCAGGGAACUCUACAAAGGCUGUCUGCCUAGAAUGUGCAACAAAUCAGACUCCACCCAGAUGGAGAAUUCUAUGGAUACUCUGAGAACAUCAUUUUCAGUGGAAUACCCAAAGAAAAAGUUGGCUUCCUCAUUAGCACUAUAGCAGUUUUGCUAAUUGUAAAGUUACAGGAAAACCUUUCAACAUGUCAGUACAUAAGCUGUCCUUUAUAUCCAUCUACUAUGGCACCCCAUUGUAUACACUGGCUGCAUUCAUUAUGCAUGAAAGCUUGGGGAACUGAUCACAAUACAAAACUCUAUCUAGGCACCUGCUUCUACUGGCUAAUGGACAUUUUCUUCAGGACUGAAUCAUGUUUCAUGAUGUAUUUAUAUAUUCAUGGCUGACGUAUAUUUGACACACUAUCAGUUUAAAUAUUUAUAUUGCUAAUGGAGAUAAGUGUCUGAUGUCAGAUUAUAGUUCUCUAAAUAAAGCCAUGUUGUAACAGCUAUUCUUGGUAUUAUGAAACUUACUGCAGUAUCCACAUAUUUGAAAGAAUAUAUUUUUUAAUGUAAGGAACAUUUUCAAAUGAAACUAUAGUGAAUGCAAGGUUACUCGUAGGAUCAUCACUUGAACUGAUGUUUAGCUUCCAUAGUAUUUCCCUCACCCCCCAUCCUCCGCCCCUUUGGUCAAUAAUGCUCCAGAUGCUCUAAUCAAUAAAUUGCUGUUUAUGUGAUGGCCCUUUUGGGAAGUGCUUUGACUUUGGUAGGAUGGAAUGUAAUGAAACCAUAUAGCCCCUAGAGUGUAACAAUUUCUAGUCUUUUAUAUCUGUGUAAACACCCCUCCCCCUCCACACACACUAUAUUCAACAAGGGUUGCACAGGUGUGACUUAACAUGCAAUGUGGGUGAAUGAAUGUAGUUGACAAUAUAGAACAUUAGCUGUUCCGGGGAAAGACCUGUAUUUUAUACCUAUCGAAAGUACAAUUCACAACUAAGGUGUUGUAUAAUUAAUACAACAGAAUAAAGAUUAGACAUACAUGGAAUAUGCUCAUAACAAAGAAAGCAGAGACAUGUAAUUGAGAAAACCAUUCCAUAACUGCCUUUGAAAACUAACUGAUGCUAAUGGAAGAUCUGACUGAUCGAGGAAAGUAUGAGCACACUCUUUAUCCUGUACAGUUAACUUUGCAG